AUGGAGGUAAUUACUUGCUUGGACUGCAAGAAACGAACCGAUACGGUAAUUGAUUAUCGAUCUGGGGAUACAAUCUGCACAGAAUGUGGUUUAAUCCUCGAUUCCCACUAUAUUGUCGAUUCUUUUGACCGAAAUAUCUCAUAUAUGACUCCUUCUAUCAGGACCAAACACAAGGUCGGCACAAACGUUCUCAUCAAGAACCCUAACCCUAAAGACAAAGCCUCCUCCAUAAGCUUCAGGGUCUCAUCACCAUCUUGCUGCAGUCAUUAUGCUCUUCUAGAAGUAGAAGUUCAUCACACGAGGUUGAUCGAGGAGCUAGUGCUCGUGAGAUUUGAUUGUCUUGCAGUUUACUUGAGAUAG